UCCAAAGCCUGAUUGAGUUCAAUGGCUCAACAAAUGGCGACGAGGAUGGAGCCAAGCGAAGAAAACCUUCGGUGUGUACCAGUAAAUUUUAUUGAAUUCUAUGACCACUCAACAAAAUUUUCAAGAUGGUUGGAGCGUUUGGAAAACGCAUUCUACAUUUACAAAAUCAGAGAAUUUGAUCUAAAAAGGUCGUAUUUACUACAUUACAUCGGGGCUCAAACAGAUAGAUUUAUUGGCGCCAAAUGAACCCAAGGACGUUAAUUAUCAGGAAUUAAAAAUCAUACUGAAGGAGCAUUUUGACCCAACGCUGCUCGAAAUAGCGGAAUAUUCCAAAUUCCACCACAGAAACAAAUGGAGGGUGAAUCGGUCAGAGAUUAUUUGGCAGCGUUACUAAAAUAAGCCUCAACUUGCAAUUUUGGAGUUUUCCUAAAUACGGCACGUAGAAAUCAAAUUGCAUGGGCUAAGCGAUCAAAAAGCACAAGAAAAACUGUUAGAAUCAAGAACGUUAACAUUAGAAAGAACGAUGGAAAUAGCUCUUAGUUCGGAAAUAAGAAGAACAGAGGUGGAUGUUAAUGCCAUUAAGAAUAACUGGAAUAAAAAGAAGAUAGAAAAUGUUUGUUGCUGAACACAAUCUACCAUUCACUAUUAUGGAGCACCUACUGAAGUUAAUGCAACCCGUUUGUCCUAAUUCAAAAAAAAGCAAAAGAAAUAAAAUGCUCUUCGACCAAAACUCAUGACAUAACUGAUCAUAUUAUAGGUAAAGAAAGUUUCAAUAAAUUGAUGUGAAGAUCUAGAGUAAACUAAGUUUUCGCUUAUUAUUGACGAGUUGACUGAUCUUAGUAAAACCAAACACAUGUGCUUAGUUGUGAGAUAUGCGAAAAUGAAUCGUAUUAAAGAUUGUUUUUUAGCUCUUAUUCCAUUAGAAGAAGCUAAUGCAGCAACCAUAUUUGAACACAUUGUAAACUUUUUUAGAAGCAAUAAUAUUCCAUAUAAACAUAAUCUAAUAGGUUUUACAUCUGAUGGGGCAAACGUCAUGAUGGGACGUAAUAAUUCUGUUGUAAUAUUGCUGCAAAAAGAAAUUCUCAACAUUUUUAUACUUAAAUGCGCCUGCCAUUCGUUUCAUCUUUGCGCGUCAUAUGCUUGUACCAAAUUGCCACGCUUUAUAGAGGAUCUAGCCCAAAAAGAGUGGCAGAGUUUAAAAACUUUCAAAUGUUUUCAAAAUACCCAUCUCAAACACGCUGGUUGUAAGUACUACAUAUGUGAAGAGAAUAUUGGAACAAUUCUCUGCUCUAAAACUAUUUUUUUUAGAUCAAAUCUUUUAGCUGCAGAAUAUAUUUUACAGAAGCUCCAAGAUCCCACAACGAUAUUAUUUAUGGAAUUUUUAGAUUUCGUAUUAUUAUUAUUUACCGGUUUAAAUAAAGAAAUGCAAUCAGAACACCCGAAAAUGCAUAAUUUAAAACAAAAGGAAAACUGUUCCACAACUGAAACUCGAUGACAGCUGAUGUACAUAAGUUUGGUGUUGCCAGACACAUGAAUAAUGUUAGUUCCUCAAAAACAUUCAUGUCACGAUUUUAUAAACAAACUGUACUAUGGUGCUGCAGUGUCUAAUAUACUACUAAGUAGUUCAGAAAAUCUAAACUCAGAUCAAGUUUUGUAUAAAUGCAGAUGCCUAGAUUUUUAUAUCGAAGCUAGUAAGCAAAUAGCCACGCGGUUUCCAUUGAAA